UAAAAACAAAACUAAGAGGGACAUAAAUUGAAGCUUCCUUUACCCCUUGCAUUUUGUGCUUAUAUGCGGCCGCUCUCGUGUGGCGAUUCUCAGCCUCUGCAUGCGGGGAUCUCGAACAAAUCGCUCGAAUAUCAAAAAGGUUUCUUCUUCACUUCGAAUCUCGAAGUGGGUCUCUCUCAUUUUAAGCUCAUAAUCACUCUGUGAGAUGAAGGUGACCGUCGUUUCACUCAGCGGUAGAGAAAUCAUCAAGGGUGGCCUUGAGCUUAAUGACUCUGCAACGGUGACUGAUCUGCAGGAGGCAAUUUAUAGGCGAACCAAGAAAUAUUAUCCUUCCAGACAGCGGCUGACCCUCCCCCUACCACCGGGAUCAAAGGAGAGGCCUACUGUCCUCAACUACAAGAAAAAUGUCGAAGAUUAUUGCGAUGGAAACUCAGGCAACCUAAAAGUAGUGUUCAAGGACCUGGGCCCCCAAGUUUAUUAUAGUACACUUUUCUUCUGGGAGUAUUUGGGCCCUCUGAUCAUCUUUCCCAUCUUCUACUAUUUCCCCGUAUACCAGUUCUUUGGAUACAAAGGGGAGCGGGCUAUCCACCCGGUUCAGACAUAUGCCUUGUACUAUUGGUGUUUCCACUACUUCAAAAGGAUUAUGGAAACCUUUUUUGUUCACCGGUUUAGUCAUGCAACUUCACCCCUCUCAAAUGUGUUCCGGAACUGUGCAUAUUAUUGGACCUUUGGUGCUUACAUUGCUUACAAUGUGAACCAUCCACUCUAUACCCCUGUCAGUGAUCUCCAAAUGAAGAUUGGAUUUGAGUUUGGGUUGGUUUGGCAAGUUGCAAAUUUCUAUUGCCAUGUAUUGCUGAGGAAUCUUCGUAGUCCUGAUGGGGGUGGAGGGUACCAAAUCCCACAUGGGUUUUUGUUCAAUAUUGUGACAUGUGCGAAUUACACAACAGAGAUUUAUCAGUGGUUGGGCUUCAACAUUGCAACUCAAACAGUUGCUGGCUAUGUCUUCCUUGUGGUUGCUGUUCUUAUCAUGACUAACUGGGCCCUUGCAAAGCACCGGCGUUUGAAGAAGAUAUUUGAUGGGAAAGAUGGAAGACCUAAAUACCCAAGGCGAUGGAUCAUACUGCCCCCGUUCCUGUAGAAGUCAUUUCCAAGCCUUCACUGGAAUCAGCCACUUGCUCUGCUGGUGGGGGAUUCAACAGCAUGGUUUCAAGGUGUCAAAGAGGUUAAUUUCAUCGGACUAGUGUUGAGAAGAGUUCUUGUAGUCUUCAUUUAGACUUUGUAAUCCAUUUUGGGACUCCAAUUGGAAAAGUUAUUUACUCGUAAUAGUGUUAUAUUGGAUGCUGAUACCGGGUUGCUUGAAAUGAGAGCACUCUCCUUUGUCAGAUGCCUUUCUGGAAUGUGGUCUAUCUUUAGCAUGUUCAGCGUCAGAUGCAUUUCUGGAAUUUGGUCUACCUUUAGUAUGUUGAGUUGUCAUGUCUUUUUCCUCCCCGAAUCUGAGGCUGUGUUUGGGGACAGGGUUUUUGAGUUUUAGAUUUGAGUUCAUGUUGGUUUGAAUGAAAUUUAAUAAAAAUUUUAUAUUACUCGUUUUCUCCCCAAA